CAACCACAUAACUCCAACCUUAUCACACGCUGAUAUGUGUGCGUCUAUCUGAUUAAAAUUCGCAAACUGCAUCAGAAGCAGAGGCAGUGGCCUGAUUUGUAAUUCAGGCACUGGAAAUAUACAAAUUAUCAAAAUCGUCGGCAUGAGACUUCCCCAGGAGAUCUGUGACGCCAUUGUGUUAUGCGUUGAGAAUGAAGCAAAUUGCAUUUCUCCAUACAAGGGGUUCAAUCCUCGACGCAACGCGGUACAAUACCUCACAUCACUGCGCCUAGUCAAUAGAGGUUUUUGUGCCAUUGCCUCGCCGCUGCUCUUUCGACACAUCGUGGCCAUAUGUGUUCCCUUUCAAAAAGAAUCGCCUCUAGUGAGACUUAUCGAGAUUUCUAAAAGUCCCUAUGCCGUAUAUGUACAACGGCUCGACGUCGGGUUUCGGUUCUUUGACAAUUUAAGCGCCGAAUCGGUCUCAUUAUAUCAGGAAGACCUUGCCGGAAUAUUACCAGGUUGCUUAGCUAGACUUCCAAAUAUUAAGGCCCUUGGGUUCCACGACGCGUCUUUUUCUUUGCCCUGGGAAAAUGAGACAACAGCCACUAAAACCGUCAUUGCUGCAUUGCGCUAUGGGCUGCUUUCAAACUUGACUGAACUGGAGUUCACACUCCCGCUUGCUCCUGACUUUGGGAAGUUAUUGGAUAACAAACCUGGUACAUUACAAAUACCCAUCGAACAUACCCUACGGGGCCUUCGUCACCUAGGGUUGCACAUUGGUGGGAAACUGAGUCCGUAUACUCACUCUGACCGGACUCAUGCGUUCUAUAUUUUCCAGCUUGUUGAACUCGCUGUCGAUAUUACUUCCCUUGCAAUAAGCAGCGAAUCUUUGAUAGUUCUCACAAACUUCGAAUUUACCCGUUUGCUCCGCCUCAAACAUGUUGAUUUGGAAGGGGUGGAAACUUCAGCCGAUGCCCUCACUUCUCUCAUUACACAAUCCAAGGAAUCAAUUAGAAGCAUUCGGUUCCAUAAAAUUACAAUCAACUCUGGGUUAUGGGAAAGCAUAUUUAGGCAAAUGAGCAGACUAUCACACCUAUUCGAUGUUGACAUUGGUCCAUGCGGAUACUCAUCCACAGGAGCAACCCAAAGAUUAGCUACACAGCCGCAACACCCUCCUACUUGGCCACAAGCUAUCUUGUCUCAAAAUGUUAACGACGGUUCAGCACUUCGCAACUUACUAUUGCAAGUGAACACGAACAGAAUUGCCGCAGGGUUGCCUACGAUGCCAGAAGGUCCGUAAAAGUGCACUUAUUGGGGUUCUCAGUACGGUCUGUAUGAAAUCAACAGGGUCUAGUAUAUUCUCCUAGAAUAUCGAUAGAUGGAUAUAUUCAGUACGUAAGCCUCUGCUUGACUCUCACAAGCAUGGUGUUAAAUUGAUCAUAGCCGCUUGUGGCAAAGAAUAUGAAUGGGUGUGUAGACAAAUGACCGCG